AAGGAGACUUGUGGUCGCUUCAUGGAAGUACAAACACGGAAACGUGUUUCAAACGAUGCAUUGUUUAGAGGAAGCGCUGGUGUGCGACACGUUUUUAAGUCGCUGUGACACAAGUCGCGCCAAUGUAUAGGAAUGGACAGAGAAGCGGGCAGAGGAGACAAGGUGGUCUACAGCAGAACAGAACCAGGAGAAGCCCAGGAGGCUCUGCAUCAGUGUCAGCUCAUCCAGAAGCUGGUGGACAUCUCCAUCUCCAGCCUGCAGGCUCUGAGGACCAAAUGCGCCGCAACCAACGACCUCACCCAGCAGGAGAUCCGCACUUUAGAGGUGAAGCUGACCAAGUACAUAUGGAGACAGCUGCAGUGGAAGCAGAGGAUACCAGAGAGGGAGAGACCUGAAUCUCUGGCUGGAUACCCAAGACUGGAGAACUGGCUCCUAACAGCUGACCUCACACCACAGUUCAUACAGGCUGCAGCAGGAAAGCUCUCAGUGGACGGGUUGCUGCAGAUGUCCAGCUCUGAGCUGCAGGACACAAUGAGACGCCUGGGCUCCAACUCAGAGGAUUGUUCUCGCCUCACUGCUGCCCUCUCCUGUCUAAAGAGUACUGAUGAAACAGGCGAUCUAAGGCCUGACUCCUGCAGAUCUGAGCCCCAACAGGACAGUGAAGCCUUCUCUUACAUUAGCCCCCUCUCCAGUUCUGGUAGCCCUUCCACCCUCCAGCAACCCAUCAGCACCAAUAGCCCCUCCAUCUCCAUAUCAAUGGUACCUUGUUCAGAUGACCAGAGACCAGACAUAUCAGCUGACGACAUCUUCACCAUGGAGACAAGCACCCCUUCAGCCAUCCAAACCUCGAAGACACGCACCAGCAAGCCCUCUCACACACCACCACUACCAUCCCGCAAACUACUGCAUCUCCUCCCUAACAUUGCACUGACGAGAAGCAAGAGUCAUGAGUCACAGCUGGCUAACCGCAUUGAGGAGCCUGCUACACAGAAGGCAUGUAAGAAGAACAAAGUGCUGGCUGCUAUUCAGAUCAACGGCUGUGGGAACAGUCCUGAGGACUCAGCAUUGCGGUCACCACUGUUGUCUGCCCGAACACCUGGCCCUGUACCAGCCUCAGCCCCAUACAUGAUGCCUGCUACCCCCACCCUGCUGGACAAUGUGACAAUGCACAGAAGUUCCCCUCAGACAGUGAGAAGAGACAUUGGCCUGGCUAUAACACAUAGGUUUUCAACAAAGUCUUGGCUCUCUCAGACAUGCCAAGUGUGUCAAAAAAGCAUGAUGUUUGGUGUAAAGUGCAAGCACUGCAAGUUUAAGUGCCACAACAAAUGUACCAAAGAUGCUCUCUCAUGUCGGAUAUCAUUUCUCACAUUGCCAAGGAUGCGCAGGGCAGAAUCAGUGCCAUCAGAUAUCAAUAAUCGGAUUGAUCACACAGCGACGAUCCCAUUGCAAUAUGGCACUUUACCAAAAGCAAUAACCAAAAGGGAGCCUUCCCCCAAUUUAAACCAGCUGGAUUCCAGCAGUAACCCAUCAUCAGCUACCUCCUCCACACCUUCCUCUCCGGCACAUUUCCAGCAGAGUAACUCCCCAUGUGUCAGCACCCCCCCUGCACCCAACUCUUCACCGCAAGGCUCCAGCGAUAACCGCUUCUAUUUCCCAGAUCCUCCUGCUUCCACAUACACUGUUGUUCAACAUUCUAGCAGCCACUAUGAGUCUGGAGUCUCACAGGUGGCCAUCACUGAGACACAGCCACCAGCCACAAUACAAAGAGGGGAGGAGGAGGCAGAGGAACACUACCCAGCUGAGAAUGAGGAAGCAGCUGAACAGUGCAGCAGUAAAAAGGGCUUCUCCACUGAAGAGUGUGAUGAGGAUGGGCUUGAGGACCUGCCUUCCUCCAUAUGUCGUCGUGGUGCUGUUGGCCGCUGGAGGGGCCACAUCUCUCGUAAAGCCAGCCAGACCAGCGUCUACCUACAGGAGUGGGACAUCCCGUAUGAGCAGCUGCAGCUGGGAGAGCUUAUUGGCAUGGGUCGGUGGGGGAAGGUGCAUAAGGGUCGCUGGCAUGGUGAGGUGGCAAUUCGCCUACUGGAGAUUGAUGGUAACAACCAGGAUCACCUGAAGCUCUUCAAGAAGGAGGUGAUGAACUACAGGCAGACAAGGCAUGAGAAUGUUGUCCUGUUCAUGGGCGCCUGCAUGGCUCCACCCCACCUUGCCAUUAUCACAAGUUUCUGCAAAGGAUUGACUCUAUACUCUGUUGUAAGAGAAAGAGGUCACAUGCUAGACAUCAAUAAAACCAGACAGAUUGCACAGGAGAUUGUAAAGGGAAUGGGUUAUCUUCAUGCCAAAGGCAUCAUUCACAAGGAUCUGAAGUCUAAGAAUGUGUUCUAUGACACAAACAAAGUAGUCAUUACAGACUUUGGCCUGUUUGGGAUGUCUGGAGUAGUACAAGAAGGCAGUGAGGUUAGAAGAAAGAAUGUGUUGCGGAUACCCCAGGGUUGGAUCUACUACCUGGCUCCAGAGAUUGUUCGAAAGAUGAGCCCAGAGGUUGAUGAGGACCAGCUGCCGUUCUCCAAAGCUGCUGAUGUUUAUGCAUUUGGCACAAUCUGGUAUGAACUGCAUGUCGGAGACUGGCCAAUCACCAACCAACCUGUGGAAGCUAAAAUCUGGCUGGUGGGCAGCAGUGAGGGCACUAAGCAGGUGUUAGCAGAAGCCAACCUAGGCAAGGAGGUCACGGAGAUCCUAUCUGCCUGCUGGUCUUUCGAGGCAGAUGACAGGCCAACUUUUACCCAGCUAGCAGGCAUGCUGGAGAGACUUCCCAAACUAAACCGCAGGCUGUCUCAUCCUGGACACUUCUGGAAGACAACUGAGUCAUGGGAUCAUCAUCACUGUCUGAGAGAUCACUGCCAUCAGGGGCUGCAUGCACACUGUCCAUACAUGUACAAAUACAGCAGCUGAGAGGCAAACAUACUCUUUAAAACCAAAACUUAAUUUUGCCUCUACUUAUUUUUCAUUUACAGGAAAAAGUUUCAUUUGUAGCUUUUUGACAAACCAGACCCUAACCCUUGACAGAUGUGUCCUGGGUGCAUUAAUGUGAGUUUCUCCUUCUCCACAUAAGGUAUCCACAUACAGACAUGUUAGUACAAGGUGUAAAUUUUGCUGGUACUCUUAGCAACAGACAGCCUCUCACUAUUGACUUUCACUUCACUGUAAUAAUAAAUGCUAAAUUCAUAUGUACUUUAUGGGCGUGACUGUAAUUAUAUACAGUAUAGGUGGUAAAAGAUAUUUGUUAAAGAUGGUAAGCACAAUAAUUCCAAGUCUAAGGGAAAAAAGACAAGGAGUCUGCACACACAUAGUUUUAAUAUACACAAAUUAAUCAAUGUCACAUACUUUACAAUAAUCAGCCAUUCAUCUAACAGCCAAUUCAGAUAGUAUCUACUCAGUUUCCUCUGAUCACCUAUAUUCACACCUAUAUUUUUCUGUUUCUGUUGUCAGACAAGUGAACAAAUAUGAAAUCUGAAUGUGGUCCAUAAAAACUGUGUUUAACCGCAGUCAUUACUAAGCUACUGGACUACAUCAUUAUUUUUCGUCAUUAUCGUCAGGCAGAAUUCCCAAAGAUGCAAGUUAAUGACAGGAGCUGUACUGAUAUUUAAAAUAAGUGAUGACAGAGAACAUUUCUGUAGAAGCAACAGAAGGUUCUAAUGUACCAUAUAGCAUCAGUUACUGCAUCAAAAUGAGAUGCUCUAAAACAUGAAAAAUCUUGGCAAAACUUAACUAUAUUAUUAAUGUGGCUGAUGAGGAACUAUGACAGCGUAUUGCUGCCACCAUGACAAAAAAUAUUUGCUCAGUUUCUUGCUUUAAUACAAAAAGCUUUUUUGACAAGAUUCUUUUUACAUUAUUUUUACAUUAUUAUUAUUAUUAUUAUGUUGUUAGAACAUAUUUUCUUAUUAUUAAAUAUGAAAUUCUUCAAUUUCUACAAGAAUCUUUUGUCAUGAUAACAAUAUAGCACUUAUCAUGCUAUGUCACACCACUUUCUCAUUAUUUAAAACAAGACAGAGUAAUAUGUUGUUAUAAGAAAACGUCCUUGUAAAAACAAAAAAAAAUUAUAUCAAAUCAUAAUGUGAAAAUAUGUCAUAGUAACAUAAAAAUAUAAUGUAAAUAAUACAAAAAAGGUUUAGUAAAAACAGGAACAUUUUCUAAUUCUAAAAACAAUCUUGUCAUGCCAUGAAGAAUAUGCUGCUGUAAAAAACCUUGAAACUGUGGCUGAGCUGUGACUGAGCUGGAGCACAGCUGGACGUUGAGUAUACUCUGUUAGUAAGCCAUGGGCAUUCUAAAAAUGGACUAUAAUUCUUCUGAAAAUAAAUGAUAAUAAUAAUACCAGACAUCCAGGUCAGAUAUCAGUCAAAGUGCAGUCAUCAGAUGAGACAAUAUCUGCCAAUGAAACAAGAUCUUUUAAUCAUUGUUUCCAUUCUCAGUUGCUACAUUUCAAGACUCAUGUUAACAAGUCUGCCAACUGGUUCUUACUUUCUAACCACUAACUGCUGAGCUUAUCUUUGAAUAUUUAUAUCUCCUUAUAUCUGUCUGUAUUUCCAUGGACAGAGUGCCAUACCCUUGUUUGAGCCAUCCUCAAAUUCACUUUCUCUAAUACUUUGAUUUAUGUCCAAAUACCAAAUCAGCAAAUGUUAGUAUGCAAACAUACUUAAUGCUAAAAUCACAAACCUACUUGCCCAGAACACAGUGAGCAUGUUAUGCUGAUGUUAGCAGUUAGUGUAAGCACCUGCCAGCAUGUUGGAAAUGGUAAUGUUCAGUGUGGUGAGCACCACAAAAGAACAUGCCAUUCACAUCCACUAUAUUAGCACAUCUCAGAGACAGAUAAUUCCAAACUUGGACAAAUAUAUACCGAAAAAGUAAUGAGAAACUGUGUAUUACUGUAAUUCAAGCAAAAUGACUUUCUAGAAGUGUACUCACCAAAAAUAUGAAAAAACAAUACUUAACUGUAUUUUGAUUGCCAUGGUUUAAGUAAGAUAAUCCACAUCAACCCCUGCAGUUAUGACAAUUAGUUUACAUAUUACAAGACCUCUUGUGGGCUUCUUCCCAGAAUGGUGAGACACUGCCUUGUGCUGAACUGCAAUAAUACUUGACAUGAUACAGCAUGAAACAGCCCCUCAAAUUCAGGCAUUUAUUAAAAGCUGCUCCAAAAUUUUUGUAUCUUGGGGCAGGUUUGGCCUUGUGUUGCUGUAGCAAAUAGAAUGCAACUGUCAUGGCAUUCUGUUUCAAUAAUUCAGACAUCAUAAAUGCAUCGAAUGAAGAACCACUGAGUUAUGCGUCCUACACUGAGAUUUAAUGAAAGCUACGUGUAAACUGUCAAUUUGUUCAGUCUUAAAAUGACUCCCAGCAGGAGAACAGUGAACUGGAGGAUAGAACUGAAAAUAACGGUUUCAUUAAAGUAGAAAGAUGCAGGUGUGUGUCUUUCCUGUGUGAACUGCCAAACAAUAAUUUUAGGGAACAGAAUGUGGCUACUGUUUGUGUAGAGUACAAUAUAUAGUCACUGAAUAUAUCUGAAUGUUAUAGGCCUGGCAAGUACAAUGGAACCCAAUUAAACAUGAUCAAACAAUGAUCUAAUGCAUAUACAGCAUGUAUAUAAAGUGCUGAAGGUUGUAUUUAAUAUACAGUGCUCAUGUUUUCAUUUCACUUGGUACUAUUUAUGUUGUCAGUUGAUUGGUGUGUUUUUUUAUUUUGUUUUUUGAGGGUGGGUUGGGUUAAUCUGUAGAGUAUUUUUGUACAGGAUUUGUUGAUACUUUGGAAUUUUCUGGCCUAAACAACUGUAGAAAUUAAAGCUGAUCUCAAAAGA